AUGGUGACGCUGUUUAAGAAGUUUCCAGGACACAGAGAAGAGGUGUUUUCACUGUAUAAGGCUCUUCUCAGGCAUGCUAGGCACCUUCCAGGACAAGAUGAGAGAAUCAGACUGGAGUUGAUGCACAAGAUACGGUACAAGUUCAGACAAGGUAAAAUCAGUAAGAGUGGUGUCAAUGUGAGGAAGUUUCUGGAAGAAGGUCAUGAAAUGGAGCAAAGUCUCCGGGAAUUUUACAAAAACCCUGAACAAAAGUUGGUACAGGAGCUACUAGAUGCAGAACUACCUCCAACUCAUCGAGAAUUGGUUAAAGCUAGAAGAACAGAACUUUUAUUGAAAAAAUACCCACCAAGGAAACCCAAAGGUGAUCCAUUACAGCCAUUAGAGAAACAAAGGGAAGGUUCAUAUGUUAAUGCUCAUAUCAAGUAUUCUAGACGUUAUGGAUUAAUGCCUAAAGUUAUUGAUCCAGAAAUUUUGGAACAUAUUAUCAAACCUGAAGCUUUAUUCAAAAGAGCUAAAACAGAUAUCAAGAUUGAAGAACAAAAACUUGCCAAAGGGCCCUAUCGAGUCAAAAAAGCAGAGUAUAUGGGGGUACCUUAUUUGAGAACAAUGGGGCCAGUAGAUAGAAGAACAAGUGGGAAGCUUUUAAAUCAAAAAAUAUCAGUAAUUCAACUUACAAACAUGGAAUUAAAAGCUAAAGAAAAUCUAUUUUAUUGUGAAAUGGAAACAAGAUGGGAACAUUUGAUGAAAAAGAUAGAUCCAAAGUAUGAGUGUUUUGAUUGGAGAGAAUUUAUUACUGAUGCACUUGAUCAACAAAGAAAGGCCAAUCAAUAUGUGUUUGAAGGUCACAAACAGUAUGCUAACAAUGAAAUGAAAGAUGAACUGAUUCAGCAACAAGCAAAGGCAAAUAUGCUCAUGAUGAUUUAUUAG